UAAAAAAACCGGAGCAUAAACCUUUACAUUCUCUCAAUUAUGCUCGCAAGUCGCACGAGCUUUAACUCUGUUCCACAGGCAUCCCCCUAUAAAUUCCAACAUUUCGCUACCCGAGUUUUCACAGCGUGUCGGCCAGAAAGACUGCUAUGCUUUAUACUGCUGUUGUAAACAUUGAUUAUGUUGCAUCUAAAAAAUAAGCCACGCUUCGGCCAUUUUUUUGACGGAUGCAAUGCUGACACUUGCCCAGCAGAAGCAUAAAAAGCUGCAAUUUAUUUUACUACUUCUGUAUUUAUAGUAGCGUUCUCUUUCAAAGAUCUUAGUCUUGCAUUUAGUUCUUCGUUUCAGUUUUCUUGAAUCACCGUGUCGUUUUCUUUUUUCGGUUAAACUCUAGUGAUUGAAAAGAAAGCUUGAGAGAUUAGUUUUAUUUUGACGCAAAAAUGGGUUUUGGCGGCUUAGUAGCUUGCGCCGAGAAGUCUUUACCGGCGGCGGGUUUCAAGCGGAGUUCAUUCACUCGCACUCUGGGCUUUGGAGGACGAAAUGUUUCAGCGCUACGACUUGGCUGGAGAAAUGUUACGUUGCCGGUACAGAAAAAACUUUCUGGUGUGUGCCAGUGCCUGGUGGAUCAUAGGUUAGAUGGAAAUAUCAAUGGUGUCCGAGAGGAGGAGGAGGAACAGCAGUUUGUUGGAUGGUUUAGGCAGGCAUGGCCUUAUAUACAUGGCCACCGUGGGUGCACGUUUGUUGUUGUUAUCUCAGGCGAGAUUGUGUCUAGUCCGCACUUCAAUUGCAUUCUUCAGGAUAUAUCUCUUCUUCAUGGUUUAGGAAUCAAGUUCGUGAUUGUUCCUGGAACUCAUGUUCAGAUCGAUAAACUUCUGUUGGAGAGAGGAAACAAGGCCAAAUAUGUUGGGCAAUAUCGGAUUACAGACAAUGAAUCAUUAGAAGCAGCUAUGGAGGCAGCUGGGACAAUCCGUUUUGCCAUAGAGGCCAAACUCUCUCCUGGACCACCAAUACCAAGUCUUCGUCGUCAUGGUGACAAUGAGCGUUGGCAUGAUGUUGGAGUUAGUGUUGCCAGUGGUAACUUUUUGGCAGCCAAGCGAAGAGGUGUCGUUAAUGGAAUUGACUUUGGUGCAACUGGAGAGGUGAAGAGAAUUGAUGUUUCUCGGAUAAGGGAGAGGCUUUCAGCUAACUGUAUUGUUAUAGUUAGCAACCUGGGUUACUCCAGUUCUGGGGAAGUAUUGAACUGCAACACAUAUGAGGUGGCGACAGCCUGUGCUUUGGCUCUUCGAGCAGACAAACUCAUAUGUCUUGUUGAUGGUCCUAUUUUAGAUGAAAAUGGUAGGCUAAUUCGUUACAUGUCCCUUGGUGAGGCAGACCAACUAAUACGGAGGCGAGCUGCCCAGAGUGAAGUUGCUGCAAACUAUGUUCAGGCCGUUGCUGAUUCUGAUAGUAAUGAUCUUGCAUACUCUGGUCUGAAUGGAAACAACGGUUCAUUUCAAAAAGGGCUUAUUGCAACUUUUAAGAAUGGUGUUGGCUUUGGUAAUGGAAAUGGGCUUGGGGUAGGGCUGGGAUUUGCAAUUGGUGGAGAAGAGAGGGUGAGCAGAUUAAAUGGGUACCUUUCAGAAUUAGCAGCUGCAGUUUUUGUGUGCAGGGGUGGUGUGCAAAGGGUCCAUCUCUUGGAUGGUACAGUUGGUGGAGCCGUAUUACUAGAACUGUUCAAAAGAGAUGGCAUGGGGACCAUGGUAGCAAGUGAUAUGUAUGAGGGCACCCGGACAGCAAGGGUAGUUGAUGUUCAUGGAAUACAACGUGUUUUACAACCUUUGGAGGAAAUGGGUGCAUUGAUUAAGCGGACCAAUGAGCAGUUGCUUGAAGAAUUAGAUAAUUACACUGUGGUUGAGAGGGAUGGUUCAAUCAUUGCAUGUGCUGCUCUCUUCCCAUUCUAUGAUGAAAAAUGUGGAGAAGUAGCUGCUUUUGCUGUUUCUCCAGAAUGUCGAGGUCAUGGACAAGGAGAUAAAUUGCUUGAUUACAUUGAAAAGAAGGCAAUAUCAAUGGGACUGGAGAGAUUGUUUCUGCUGACUACUCGUGCAACAGAUUGGUUUGUAAGCCGAGGUUUCUCCAAAUGUACAAUAGAUGCAAUUCCAGCAUCAAGGAGGGCAAAAAUAAAUCUAAACCGUGGAUCAAAAUACUACAUGAAAAAACUGUAACCCACGUUUAAAGGAGUAACUAUUGAAAUUGACAUAUGGAUUAAAACUUGAGACGAAAAGCCUUUGUACUUGCACUAAUCCUUACUCUAUAAUUGAGGCAUAGUUGCAUGGAGAUAUUUAAGUAUCUAUCUAUUUGGCAUAACAAGACACAACAACAUGCUGAAGGGCAUGAGUUCACUCAUUGUGCUUAAUAUAGAUUUAGAAAAAACAAGAGUUAAUUUUGUAUGGCUUUGUAGACACAGUUUUGUAGCUAAAGUUGGAAUUCUCAAAUGGGAAAUCCUAACACGUGAUGUAUUGCCAUACUGUUAACAUAUUAUUUUUAUUGUUAAAUUUGUUUUUCGGACAUUUUAAUAUAAAAUUUGGAGUCUGUAUUGUGCA